AUUUAUUUGCAUUUCGCAUAUUUCAUUUUUAAGUUUUACUAAUUUUUUUCAUGUUUUUCUUUCAUUCUGAUUCAACAUGCUACUCGAACCUAAAAUCAAAGAUGAUACACUAUUUGUGAAUUCUUCACGACUAUCAUCGUCGACCCCAUCACCACAAAUAUCGACAUCAACUCCACUUUACCUUAAUCCACAAAUUGCACCUCUUAGUCUUAACUACACCAUACCAAAUAAUUUUGCCGGUGAAGGUGAAGACGAGAGAGAUGGAUCAGGAGAAAAGAAAGAAGAAAUAAAGGUUGAGCGUUCAGAUGAAGUCGAAGAACCGAUGGUUAAGAUCUUGAAGACCUGGAAUCUGAGGCCGAGGAAAUUGGCAACUAAGCCAGAGGAUAAAGUAAACAUUGGAAGUUCUAGUGGAGGACGUUCAAGGAUGGGUGUGGCAUCGACAAGGGAGAGCAAGCCCCGAUUUGCAAAGUCGCGUGCUCGGCCUAGUUUGGAGAGGCCAGUGGUGAAGAAGGAGCGUGGGUUUGUAUUUGCUCUUACAAAGGAAGAAAUCGAACAUGACUUUAUGCAUAUGACUGGAGAGAAGCCUCCAAAGAAGCCUCUUAAGAGACCAAAGAUUGUUCAAAAAAACCUUGAUGUUCUUUUUCCAAGCAUGAAAUUAACCAAUGUAACACCGGACAAGUACGGGGUUAAUGACAAUCCGCCAUCUUUGAAGUGUUAAGGGUUCUUGCUUGGUUUUUGUUGCUAGCUCAGGGAUUUGAGUGUUUCUUGGAAUUGUUAUGUUAUUUUAUCGUGGAACUGACAUUAUUUCUUGGAAUUGUUAUGUUAUUAGAGAAUAAAAUGCAUAUUGCGUAUGUUGUUAGCAUUAGUAAGACUGGGACACCAAGUAAAUUGUUGAACUUUUACAUUAUUCCUAUUGUUUUUGUUCAAGUAGUCGAGAAACUACAUGGUUUAGAUUUUCAGU